ACUAGGGCGCAGGGGCAGCUCCAGCCGCAUCCCCCUCCUCUGAGCGCUGUAAAGCCCCGGUGCAGACGGGAGGAGGAAGAGGGGUAAAGCUGAUCCCCUCUCCCCAAGCUCCCCUCCACCAUGGCCUCUGGGAACAGCAGCGACCCACCAGACCGUCAUUGGCGCAGGGCCAGAGAGGGGCGUAGACCAUCGCUGAGGCUCAAUUCAGAAGAUCAGGUGGCCCAGGAGACCGAGGAGGUGUUCCGGAGCUAUGCCUUCUACCGCUACCAGCAGGAGAGGGAAGAGGGUGGAGGGGAGGUGCCGAUGGACCCCGAGAUUGCAGAGAUCCAGCAGGAGCCGGGCAGCACCAGUAACCAGGUGGGCAGGCGCCUGGCUAUCAUCGGAGAUGACAUCAACAUGCGGUAUGACGCAGAGUUUCAGAACAUGCUGAAGACCCUGCGGCCCACGAAGGACAAUGCCUAUGAGUACUUCACUAAGAUAGCCUCCAGCUUGUUUGACAGCGGCAUUAACUGGGGCAGGGUGAUUGCGCUGCUGGGGUUCGGUUACCGGAUGGCGAUUCAUGUGUACCAGCACGGGGUGACCGGCUUCCUCCGGAGCAUCGCUCGCUACGUGGCAGAAUUCGUGCUCCGCAACCGCAUCGCCCAGUGGAUCGCCGACCAAGGAGGAUGGGUGGCAGCACUGGAGUUGGAUAACGUUUACGUGUUGUACAUGAUGGGGGUGUUGGUCGUGGUCCUGCUGGGUCAUUUGGUGGUACGACGCUUCUUCAGCCCAUGACUGGAGUGGAGGCCGAGGCCGGCGAUCCGGCCAAACUCUCUCUCUCAAUACU